AUGGCGGCCGUUGAUGAAAAAGGAACAUCUAGACUGCGUAUAAUGAGCAUGCUAGAGUCGCUGCAUGAGUCUCUAUCGAGUGCAACAUCCUCUCUCCCAGCUUCAGUGGCCUCAGACGGAACUGGCGUAUCAAUCCUACCUCCAUCCGAUGGCAUAUCCCUGCUGGAUACAAAGAGUGAAAUUCUUCUAUCCUACCUACAAAACCUCGUGUACUUUGUUCUACUGCAAGUUCGGCGGCUAUCCUCGUCUAAAUCUAGCUCUCCGUCGGCGACGGAUGGGCUGCAGCAGAGGACAGAUCAACACCAAGAGGACGUGGUGAAGAAGUUGGCCGAGCUUCGAGUUUACCUUGAACGUGGUGUCAGGCCGAUAGAAGGGCGGUUAAAAUACCAAAUUGAUAAGGUUUUAAAAGCAGCGAACGACCUUGAAAGGACCAAGGCGCAAACCAGCCAAAAGCACGAUGACCGAAAGUCCACUAAAAAGAGCCAAGGCGGUUUAGAGAGCACCGAUUCUGAACAGGGUACAGCGACAGAAAGCGGGGAGGAGGAUGACGAUGAAGAAGAACUUGAUGAGCUGACGUAUCGACCGAAUGUGGCUGCAUUUUCGCGUGCCGUGGAAGCCCAAGAGCAGCAAAAAGCUGCUGCGCAGAAGAAAGACAGCGCUGGUGACGGGAUUUACAGACCACCGAAAAUAAAACCCACAGCUCUAUUAGAACACAAGCCAAGCCGACGAGCUGAGCGCGAGGCCCAACGCUCGAAGAAAUCAAGAGCAAUUGACGAGUUUGUUAAUGCGGAAAUGUCCACCACCCCGAUGGCCGAGCCUAGCAUUGGCAGCACCAUCAGAGCAGGUGGAAGACAUGUCAGCACCCAACAGGAUAGGGCAAGGGAGGAAGAGCGCCGGGCGUACGAAGAAACAAACCUGCUUCGACUGCCCAAGGAGAGCAAGAAAGAUCGAGCGAGGAGGGGAGGCAACCGCCGUGGAGGAGGAUAUGGUGGAGAAGAAUGGCAGGGACUUGGCGAAGGUGUUGAUCGAAUCCAUCGACUCACAGAGAGGAAAAAGGGCGGAGGCGGUGCACUACAGAGGAGUCGAAAGAGGGCGACUGAGGAUGGCCCUCGAGGCGAUGGCUUUAACGUUGGCGAGAGAUUUGAGAAGCGACAGAAAACGAUUGCAAGCUGGAAACGAUAA